UGCCCAUAAACUCGCUCAGCAACGCAUCAUUCCAAAAAAAAAUUGGACGUGCAGACGCUCGAUGGUCGCGUAAUUUGUUUUUGUAGUGAAAUACAAAGGAAUUAAGUACGGAAAACCGAAUUUUCCAGUACGGUGGCAGUGCGUUUUAAGUGUGUAGGCACACGCAAAAGAAGUACGCGUUGCUUCAUCCGUAUACACAGUAUACGAAUUGAUAAUGCAUACACACUAUGGGCGCGUCUCUUUUUGUUCUUUUGUGUGUGUAAGUCUGACGUCGCUGUGUCUGUGUCUUGCUCCUCCGUCAAAACGCGCAUGUAAAAGUAAUUAUAUAUUUAUAUUUGAGAAUUAAUCCUUUUAAGGCUGGAAAUAAAAUGUGCUGGGAAAAAUAUUGACACAAGUGUCGUUGAAUCGUGAUUUAUCGUCGAGUGAAUUUUUGAACGCACACACAUGCAGAGUAGCUCUCAAACAUACGCAUACAAGCAAAACGAGAUUUUGCAAGUCGCGUCCGCUCUAGUAGUGGUGGCUGUAGUUUUUGGUUGUGCCUGUGUUAGUGCUUGUGCAACUAUAAAAUUCAAUUGUUUAUUGCUGGGCAUAAGUCAUACCCUGUACCCGCACCUCGAAACACAUAAGGCAAACCGGAGUGCGGGCCUAACAAGACAGCAACAAUAAGGUGUCGCUGUGGCGCCUCCUCGUUUUCACCUGCUCCAGCGUCCGUGACUGUGUGAAUCGUGGUGAUAAUAAUAGGAAUUUCUACUCGCCGCUGCUUGUGAGUUUCAAUGCGAAAAUCCACAUGUGAAAGUGGCAAACACUACUUAACUACGCUGAUUGGCAUCGAAUAUUUAAUACCUAAUGGAAUAUACAUCCCUUCUACACAGCUGUCUCGAUACCAAUAUACUCGCUUUGACAUGCAAGUAGAGCCUGCAGCUAUGGCAAUAACCAAAGGCGAGGUGAUAUGAGAACUACACGCUUCGUGCCACUAAGCAAAGCCGACAGGGCGGAUAUUUAAGUCGACCCAUGACUCAGAACUAAACUUUAUUUGAGAGCCCUUAGCAAGGCAAUGGAGCACAAAGGCAAUUCCACGGUUGUGCCACACCAAGCUGCUUGUUCAACCAUUUAUGUCCAUUUAGCAAUCGAAAAUCAAAAUUAAACCCUUUGGACCGGUCACCACGCAUAGAAAUCAAAAUGAACUCCGUCAUAUCUGCAUUUAAGGGUAAAAGGAACAGCGUAGCGAGCUCCAAUUCGCCCACGGGUGCGCCAAGUGGGAACGCCCUCGGUGACACCAAACAGAAUCAAGGCGGAGCACUCGUCAACGUGGGGAUCAGCAUUGCCACCAUGGGUGGCGGCGUGGCCAAGAAAAUUCCUGUGGUUCAGAGCAGUGGUUAUCAGUACCUUCGGCACAUACGUGAGAUCGAGACUGCUAACAAGCUGCUUUCCCCCGUCGUGGUUGUCACGGAGGACAAUUCAGCCGGCAAGGUCUGCUCAGCGGCAGCACUGACCACAAUGGCUGCCGGAGUAGAUGUAGUAGACCACUGUCUGCCUGCAACGGUACGAUUGUCCAGUACCGAAGCGCUGACCGAUUUUAAUAAAAUGGGCGAUAGUGCUAUCCAGGACCUAGGUGACACCUGGAUUUGUUCACAGCAAUCUGCGACUACGGACGACGAGGACAUCUCUGAGCAUUCAAAUGCUGCCUACACCAGCAACAGCAGCUCCAGCGAACACAGCAACAGUACUGUUGUUAACAGCCCAUCGGUAUCGGAGGGUAACUCUGUCUCCGUAUCCUCUUCGGUCAGCCAGCAAAGUCCCAUCAUGAGUCAGCGGAGAACCUCGCCCACCACCUGCGGAAUUAGUAGCCCGCACAGCCAGUCGUUUACCAUAACCUGCGAACCGAAUUCGCCCUACGCCACCACGCAUUCCUCACUAGGCUUAGAGCAGGGCAACGAAAACGGAAAUAACAUGCCCGCCUUUUUAAUGGUCGACCCGGUCACUUUACCCAUUGGGCGCCAGAUGACUCCGGCCCUGGGCCUGCCGGGAGCCAGCUCCGCGGCCAGUACGCCCAAGCACUCGCGCUACUCCAAGCCUCGUCUCAGUCUUAGUCGCGUGUUCAACCAAUCCAUGCCCUCCGUGCACGGCCGGCCCAAUCUCAGUGUGGCUCAGUCGGCCGACGGAGCGUCAGUUACCGCUGCGGAAUGUGCUACGAAUGCCCCAAAAAGAAUUUCCACGCACCAAAGAAAUUUCAGUUUGGAUUUUAGAUCCAUGGGAAUACUACUGCCCCCCCUUUCGCAGGUUACCAAUAAUCGGAUCAAUCACACACAGCAUCACCGCAAUCGCAGUCUCGACAGUGCCCUGCAACGCAUUCCGGAGGUCGAAGUCUCAUCACCAAAUGCCGAGAGCGAGAACACGUUCUGCUCCCCGUCCAUUCUCGGUGCAAAUAUGUGCUCGAAAAUUGCCACGACAGCGGCGAGUGUAACGGCAGCUUUGUCCCCCCCAGGAUCGUCCACUGUGGCCUUGAUGUCUGUAGCUACUUCGACGGCGAUCACACCCACGAAAACAGUGAAUAAAGGGAACACACAUGCAGUACCGAAGCAACAUCAAUCGAUUUGCUUGCCAAAUGCUUGCCGUACCAGUUCCAUCGUGGAAACUUGCCCAACGCUGCGAGUGCGACCAAAGUCUAACGACUUAGUUGCGGCCAACGGGCAGGAGGCUAUGGCCACUGUUGUCAGCGGGGCGGUCAACGGCGGUAGUAGCAACAACAGCUGCAGCAGCGCUGGAAGCAAAAAGCGAGAAGAUCUCACUAGUCUCGGGUCAGAUGACUCUGGUAUCAUCUGUGGGUCAGAGUCGGACCAAAUAUCUCUUAAUCGUAUAUGCCACCACUCACAUGAAUCGCUCGAUUCGGGUGAAAUGGAUGCGGACCCCGAUGCUGAUGCCGAAGCAGAGCAGUGCGUUGAUCUAAUGGAGACAACUUCUAUUGACGAGGAGUACCACAUAACGCAACCGGAACAUCUUUGCUUCUAUUCCCCACAAGCCGCUUCCUCCGAAAUGGAUUUUCGAACUCUGCGUCCAUCUCGAAAACAGAAGUCUCUCCAACAGCAGCAGCAGUCUAUGAAGAAUGCAAGUCUAGGCGAAUCAAAUCCAAUUGUGGAUGUUGGCGUCGAUGCGCGAACACGCUACCGUGUUAUGAACAUGUCCCAAGCAGCCAUCAAUGUUGAACUUGGUGCAGCUCCAAGUAAAAUCGAACCGGUGCUGGACGAUACGGAAAUUAACCAAGGUCACUACGUGAAUGCGGAUUCACUGGCAACAUCAAAUUCUGCAUCAACGACGCCAGCCACGCCAUCGGCCACACCAACACCUACACCACUAGAGAGUACUAAGAACGACCAAGUGUUAUUCAAGAAUUUCUUUGGUGCCACCAAGAAUGCCAUUUUUCGCACAGCGCAAAGCAUUAUUGAAAAUCAUGAGAAGAAGAACGCUGCUAAGCAGAAGGAGCAGCCCGAUCACUUUCCGGCAGUUGCCUUAGUAAGUGGAGGAAGUAUUUCGCCACAAGACCAGGUGAAGUCGCCCACAGACAUAUCAAAAAAAAAGGAAUUUUUCAGUUUGCUGACGUCGAGCUCUAGCAAAAAAGCUGCCGCUGCCGCGGCAGCGGCUGCAGCGAGUUCAGCUGCCAAUACGCCCGUCGCCACGCCAACAGAACCACAAGCGGUGUCAAUAGAUUCAAAGCUCCAACAGCUUUCUAGUUCAUCUGAUGAGUCCAAAGUAAAUGAGCGGACGCUCAAUUUGCGCCUCCCUGGAGCAGAUAGUGAAACCAGUGAUGGAACACUGGCGAAAUGUUCCUCAAUUAACUCGCUACAUAAACUAAAACUCCCUGUUCCCGGCGUUGUAAAGUACUUUAUUAGUGAACGAGUUCCAGUGUCGGAUUUGCUACAGAGGCCAGAGAAAGGUCAAAGCGGCCUUUUGCGUUUUUUUGAGUCGCCAGUCUUUAACAUACAUUUCGCUGUGCAUUACCUCUUUUACUCCAAGGAACCAGGAGUGCUCAGCUUUAUCGGCAAUAAAAUCUUUAGUUUUCCGGACCAGGAAGUCGAUUUGUACAUACCGCAACUUAUUGUUAUGUAUAUUCAGAUGGAUGAACUAGCUGAAGUUCUGGAUCCGUAUUUGACGAUUCGAUGUCGCAAGUCCGUAGAUUUUUCCCUAAAGUGUCUUUGGCUCUUAGAGGCCUACAACUAUCAUGUAGACUCGCUGGGGAACUCGCACACCAGCUCCCGAAAAUCCAAAUUGGCGCUUAUGAAGGAAAUAUGCUCUAAAAAGGAGCAAAAACAGGCGCAGAACAACGUCAAGUCAACAGGCACCGGAGCCGUCGGGGAGCCCAGAUCGAUAGUCGCCUUCGCUAAGAAGACUCACCACCGCUCACAAUCUGAUGCCACUGUGUUGCUUACCGACUCUCGGUCGCUCCACACACUAAGUAUCUCCCAACGUAUGUACCAGCAACCGCCCUAUACGACACAAACACUUACUACUACGCCCGCAAAACUGUGCCUCGGUGACUUAACCUCAGGACACGCCUUUGAUAACGGAUGUACCUGUUUCGAGACUGUGCGAGGACAAGUAAAUGGCCUUCUUGGCCAGAGGACGUUAUGCAGCUGUGGAGCUCCAAAAACAGCGCCCCAGAAAGAGUUUAUGAAGGCGUUGAUGAACGUGGGUAAAAAUCUCACUUCGUGGCCUUCCAAAGCGGAGAAAACUUCAGCGUUGCGAAUGUCCCUAAACUUAAUCAACAAGAACCUGCCUGCAAGAGUCUGGCUCCCCCUCUACUCUGAUGUUCCGCAUCAUGUUGUUCGCAUUACCGAGGAAAAAACCGCUGUUCUCAACUCAAAGGACAAGACCCCGUAUAUCAUUUACGUAGAAGUAGUCGAAAUUCCUGAUAUAUACACCUCACCCUUGAUACCUAAGAUGAUGCCUUCGCUUCGGCAUACGAAGAGCGAAGAGCACUUGGAGGGGUCCUGUCUCAACUCACACCAACACCUGAGCUGCAGUCGCACUUCCAGCUGUAGCAGCAGUCACCAGGGCAGUUACCACCGAAAAAAGGUCGCAGAAGGGGAUGGUGGGUGCGGCGACGCUGGCCCUCAUAACUGCUGCGGCAACUCACAUUCACUAGGCGGACUUCAGCAUCAAGAGGAUGAUGUGUGGUCGCAGGAAGAAGACGAGAUUACAGCGCAGUACCUUAGCAUGCGUAAAGUGAGCGAGCGGGACACCAUUUCCCAGAUGUCACUUGAAUCAUGCGAUUCGCGGGACCAAGGUCCACCAAUCGUCUUCAAUAUUGGCGACGUGCGAUUGCGCCACUGCAGUAAUUUGAGUUGCGAGAAUACGAAAUCGUUCAGCAACGACCCAGAAGAUCCCUCCGCAGCGGCCCUUAAGGAACCGUGGCACGAAAAGGAAAAACUAAUACGCGAGUCUUCGCCUUAUGGCCAUCUAUCUAACUGGCGGCUUCUUUCCGCUAUUGUCAAGUGUGGUGACGAUUUACGCCAGGAACUUAUGGCCACCCAACUGUUACAGAUGUUUAAAAUUAUAUGGCAAGAAGAACAAGUGGAUCUGUGGGUGCGCCCGUACAAGAUAGUAUGUCUAUCGAAUGAUAGUGGUCUUAUUGAGCCCAUUCUCAAUACAGUCUCUUUGCAUCAAAUUAAGAAGAACUCCAAUAAAUCAUUAAAAGAUUACUUUCUUGAUGAGUACGGCUCACCCACUGGGGAAAGUUUUCGGCGUGCUCAAAAAAAUUUCGUUCAAAGCUGUGCAGCUUAUUGUCUAAUUUCGUAUUUGCUGCAAGUCAAGGACAGGCAUAAUGGCAACAUACUAUUCCAUUCGGAUGGGCACAUCAUACACAUCGACUUUGGAUUUAUUUUGAGUAUAUCUCCAAAGAACUUAGGAUUCGAACAAUCGCCCUUUAAGCUUACCCCAGAAUUUGUUGAAGUCAUGGGAGGCACUAGCUCGGAGCAUUGGCGGGAAUUUAAUAGGCUCUUGUUGGUUGGGAUGAUGUCUGCCCGAAAGCAUAUGGAUCGCAUUAUAAAUUUUGUAGAAAUUAUGCGCAGUAAUGCUCAGUUGCCAUGCUUUAAGAAUGGAUGCUCUGGAACCGUACAGAAUCUCCGAAAACGCUUUCAUAUGAAUUUAACCGAGCAAGAAAUGGAACGAAAAGUUGAGCAGCUUGUACAGGACUCGUUAAAAAGUUUGUCAACGAAACUAUACGAUGGUUAUCAGUACUAUACGAAUGGCAUAUUGUGAGAACGGUUUUUUAUGAAGAUCUAAGUGGGUACUCAUAAUUAACAGUAUGAAAAUGCUGGGCUGGUAUCCAAAUCAAGGGACUGACUUUUGUAAAGGCAUUAUUGAAUAUAAUAUAAUAUAUAAUUAUCAGCGACAACAAAACAAAAAGAAUGAAAUUGUACCAAACCUAAAUCUGUUAUCGUAGCUUAAAUUGAUUGUUGUAUGCGUUCGCAUUGUAGGGUUAACGUGAUGUGUAUGUUGUCUAGCUUUUAAGAGAAAAAUAUCUAAAUGUUUUAAAUGUAAUUUUAGUUGUCUGAGUGAGAUCGCAAUUUGCCAGUCUGUUAUUCCAUUUUGAAAUUCAUACUUGUACAUAUAUACAUAGUUUCAAUAACCUGGCUUAUAUUUCGACAACUUCAUUCAUUGGUGCCUCCGCCGAUUUGUAUUUCACGAGUAUACAUAUAUGUAAAAGCAUCUAAUUCCAAUCUUUAGUCAUAAGAAUAAGGUGGAAUGCCACUUUACCGCAGCUUACAAUUUUAAUACAUCAAUAUAAUCUUUAAGUAAAACGAUUUAAUUAUAAAACAAAUUAAUAUAAUUUUAACAAAGAUAUGCCACGAUUACAUACAAAAAUAAAUUACAAGUUUAAAUCGCCGUCAAAUCUUUUUAUAUUAGCCUAAUUAACCAAUUAUAAAACGUAAAAAAAGCCUAAUGAUUUUCUAACUUAACAUAUUUUUAAGCUAUUUCAAUAAAGAUGUGAAAUUCAAGCAAAAAAUACAAGUGCUAAAACAAAUAGAUAGCCACUGAAAGUGAAUAGUUUCAAGUGUGUAAAAUAAAGUGCAGCCCUUUUGAUUGAUUACUAACAUGUGUGUAUAUUAAACGCAACCAUUGGCUACAAUUAUUUAAAUUGUAAAGUAAUAUUUCUACAACUUAUUAAUAAUGCCACUAAAAAUAAAUAAGCAUACUGAA